AAAUUAAAAGUAUAUUAUCUUUCAUCGUGAUCUAUGCCACAGAAUAAUUUUAUUUAUUCUGUGAUUAGGUUAGCAAGGUUACUUAUCUACUAAACAAAUUACAACUGAUAUAGUGAAUAGUGAAUAGUGAUAUGUGGACUUUCUGAGUAGAUUUUGGCAAUUUGUUCAUAGUGAGUACUGACAAAUACUAUAAAUUAUAUAGUAUUUGGUACUGAGUGGGUAGCACAAACUAAGGUAGUGGAUACUAAAAAAAAGACAACCUCUGAAAACUACAAUACUACAUUACUACUUCAAAAGUUGAAACCUCCAGAUAUUUCAGCUUUCAGCAGUAAGAUUUCAAUCAAUAAAAGAAUGUCAGCUCUUGCAUCAUUAACUGCUAAUUAUACCGACUCUGAAGAUGAAGGUACUACACCCAGUCAACGUAGACAUAUUGAAGAAGUGUCUAUUUCAAAUGUUCCUCAGCAAGAAAAUGUGCCCAGUCCUCAAUUACAAAUACCAAAUUCGGCUCCAGCUGUAACUAAUCCAGAUGAUGACAAAAAAACUAAUCUUGUAUCAUAUUUUGAAGAUCACGAUAUUGUGAUGUCAGAUGAAGAAAUAGACAGACGUUCAGAUGUAGAUGAAGAAGAUAUUUUACCGCCGGAACCUCAUGGUAGAUGCUCUAAAGAACUCCAAGAUAAAAUUACUCGAUUGCAUGAAAAAAUGGAAAAAGAUGGCAUGGAUAUGAAUUUUUUGAUCCAAAAAAGGAAAGAUUUUCGAAAUCCUAGCAUAUACGAAAAACUUUUACAGUUUUGUAAUAUUAAUGAAUUGGGCACCAAUUAUCCACCACACCUAUAUGAUCCAUUAAGAUGGGGUAAAGAAUCAUUUUAUGAAGAAUUAGGUCGCUUGCAGAAAGAAGAUAUGGAAAAGAGGCAGAAAGAAAGAAAGGAAAAAACUAAAGUUGAAGUUGUGUCUGGUACGAAAAAGACUUCAUCAAUCAAUGUUUCAAGUUCCCAUAAACAAGAUGACAAGAAAAGUAAAUGGGAUCUUACAACAUCUGUAACAGGUACAAAGGGAACAAUUAUCUCAGCUUUUGGUUCUUUACCGAAAAAACAAAAAUUGGAUAUUCAUUAAUCAAGUACCUAUCUAAAAUGUAAUAUUAUGUAACAUUGUAAAUAAACUAUUAUCUAAAAGAUAUUUUAAUUUUUGAAUAAAAGACAUAAAAUGCAAACCAGUUAUCAUCAUUAUAAUUACAUUUAGCUUUUUACUUUUGUAAUAUAAUUAUAUAAAUAUAUAAUACAAUAAAAAAAAUCUGAAUUUGUGGUUUA